AUGAGAGAUAAGAGAAAGGAUUUGUAUUAGAUUAAUAAUGAUCCAUAUCUGAAAUCAAUAUAGCCAGAUAAAACUACUGGGGCUAUUCCUUAGUUCAUUAACAUACAUAAAUUCCUUGAAUCAAGAGCUUAUGAGCUAAGACAUUUCACUAAUAUUCUAUAAAAUAAAUAUACCUCCAAGUUAGAGCACUAACUUUUGCCUAAGCACAUGAGAAGACGAGCAAUGGCACAUAAUUAUUACAGAAUACCACUGAGAAUAAGAUUCAAGUCAUUGAUGGAGAUUUAACCCUCUGAGCCAGAGAUAUUAAGCAGAAGUAGGUGUAGAAAGCACAGAAGAAAACUUAGAUUUCUUUUGAAUUAGUAUGAAAUGAGAUAGAGAUAGCAUAAAUGGACUGAAAGUCACGUAUGGCAUGCUAAAAGAUUUAGAAUGAAAGAGUUCUGGGGUUAUAAAGUUGCAUAUAAGAGUAAUGAUAAAAGUGGAAGGACUGUUUACAGAUUGUGUCAAAGAAAUAGUGCCUGUAUUUACGAUUAAUCUUAUAUGCAAACACUUAUGAUCGAGGGCUAAGAACAUUACAAUAGGAUAAUCAAAAGCCUUGAUUUAAAAGAAUGUAAUUAGGUGUAAGUAAGAUGGAUCAACAAUGAAUAUUCUUAACCAGAGUUUCCCUUGACUUUUGUACUUUUUAAAGAAUAGAGAUAGGUUUUAGUAACAUUUCAUCCAGCAAAUGUAGUUGAUGCAUAAAAUUAUUUCAAAGGAAGAAAUUACCAAUUUUCUAAUCUUAAUAUGAAUACCCUGCAAAUAAUGAGUUAAAAUUGCUCAAUUUAACACAUCUUUAAUGUACUUGAGCCACUAUGUGAUGAAGAAUCAAGUAAAAGUAUUUAGUUACUAUCUAAUAUGCUAUUCGAUCAAACUAGAAUAAACAACAAUGAAAUUUUAGUUUUCAAUGUUAAGACAGAGGAACUUAAGAAAAACUUCAGAAUGAAUGAGAGAGUAUUCAAUUAUGAAUCAGCGGCUAUUAAUCAAUAAAAUCAAACUUAAGCAUAAGAAGAAUUGAGACAGCAAAUAAACCUAAAUGGUAUGAAUCUCAAGCCCAUAAAAUGGAUCGGCACUUAGAGAACUACAUUUACGCACAGAAAAGAUAACUAGAGAAACAAAAUUAAGCAUCUCAUUGUGAAGCUAAAGAAAAUGAAAGAGUAGCAUGAUUCAAAUAGAGCUGAAAAGCUUUUAAAACUAAAUAAUAAAAUCAGAUGUUAAAAUAAUGACAAUGAUUUGAAAAUGAAGGAUGAAACUGAGUCAGAAACUUUAGAUUAUACAACUGUGAUUAUCUAUAAAAACUAAUACUAAUUGAGCAAUAAUUUCGGGGCAUCAUUCUAAAUUUUGAUCCCAUAAGGUUAUGGAUUAAAUUUACUAAGAAGAUUUGUUUAUUCUGGAUGUAAACCAAUAGGUUUAAAAGAAUAUCUUGCUAUUAAUAUGGAAGUGAUGAAUCCUGUAUAUCCAUUUGACUAUCUCUAAACAUAAACUGGUUAAAAAUAAGGUGUUGUUAAAGCUCAUUAAGAUCUCGAAAUCUAUUGUAAGAGACCUGCUUCUAAGAGAAUAAACUACUAAGUCUACAAUUUCUCUAAUCCAUUUCUUCAAAAGUUUAAACUAAAUCAGGCAUAAAAGUUCAUAAACUUGUUCAGUUAUUCCAGAGGAGUAGCAUAGAGUGGAGCUAUGAUAUUUUUGCCUGAUUAAAAUGAUAUCAUUUAGCUUAAAAAUGCUAGUUUGAAGCACAUGUGGAACCUUGAAGAGCGAAAAUUUGAAACAUCAUCUAAGAACAAGAAAUUUAACUUUGAAUAUGCUCUUAUAUCGGGAAACUGUUUUAAUCUCUCUAAAAAUGAUUUGAGCUCGGUGUAAAAGAUAAAAAAUGGAGAAAUGAAAUAUGAUUUGAAAAUAUUUAAGAGUAAGGAUAGUUUAGAACUACAAACUAGUGAAUAAUUGAAAAGAAAGUCUAUAGGCUAUAUUACUAGAGGAGCCUAUUCCUAAAUCAGAGGAAAAAGCAUCGGUAUUGGAUUAGUUGAACAAAAUUUAUUUAAUGAGUACAAAAUAGAUGCAGGAUUUAAAGGCUUAAGAUUAAAUGGAAAUGGUUAUUUGCUAUUAAUUAGAAACGCUAAUUCUUUGAGAUAUCUUCCUUUCAUUUGUUAUGAUAAAUGA